AUGGAAUGGUUUCAGGAUGACUGGAGUUGGCAUCGAAAUCCAGCAGCGGCCAUACGGUCUGGUGGCACCAAUAAGCAAACACCUGUCUGGAAAUAUUUUGUCUACAAUAAAGCUGAGAACUUGAGCAGGUGUAUAAUCGGUGACUGUACAUAUAGCUUAAAAGGACCACAUACAAGCACACUUGCAUGCCACUUGAAGAAACACUCAGCCGAAUACGCCGAAUUCCAGAAACUUAAGGUUGGAAAAAGUUUCUUGUGGGGAAAUUUAGUUCUUAUUUGGUAGAA